AUGUCACCGAGCACCGGAUCAGAAGGAACAUCGCCUUCAAUUGAGACAAAUGUACGCCAGCGCCCAGGUACCGCUUGUGAUGAGUGCCGGCGCAGAAAGCUGCGUUGCGAUGGCCAGCAGCCACAAUGCGGCGUGUGUAGAGGGACCGGCGUUGUAUGUCAAGUGACGGAGCGUGGUCUGCGCGGGCCAAAGAAAGGUCAUCUCAAAGCGUUGAAAAAUCGGAUAUCGCACCUGGAGGCUAUGUUGGCGAGUCGUCUUCCGGCCCAGCAGCUACCAAAAGGCUCCCAGAGUAAUAGUCGAACCAUUGAGGAAUUGAUGCCCUUGACGACUCCGGCAGAAGCAGAUAAUACCACAUUGAUUGAUGCUACAGCUUCGUCGCUGCCUAGAGUGACAGUGAGCCCUGCCUUUGAGCAUGAAUCUGUCUUGACGAAUGGGUUCCCAUCGGGUUGGGGUUCUCCUUCUCAUGGGGGGUCCUUGCUGUCGACUUUUACCCUCGUCUCUAACAUCCCUAUCCCGCUCACGGAUAACUUGCACGCUGAACUGGACCAGCUUUAUCUGGACCGCGUGCAUCAAUCAAUACCAAUUCUUCACCAGCGGCGGUUUCUGAAAUGGUCCAAAUCAAGCACCAAGACAGCCUCACAGAGAUGCUUGCAAUACGCCAUGUGGACGCUUGCAGCGUUACUGUCGUCUCAAUUUCGCGAGACUAUAGAGCCACUGUAUCAGAAGACCAAGCAAAUGCUGGAAUUUCUCAGCGUCGAAGGUAACGGGUAUAGCAACGUUAGCACAGAACUCGCCCAGGCCUGGGUAUUGGUUGUGAUCUUCGAGUCGAUGCGGGCUUAUCACCGCCAAGCCUGGAUGAGUGCCGGCCGUGCUUUUCGCUUGGUACAGGCAAUGCGGUAUCAUGAGAUUGACAGUCCAGCCGACAAACGUGGUCCUCUGUCCCCUCGUUGUGAUGAUAUGAUUGAAAUUGAGGAGCGACGAAGGGUAUUUUGGAUGGCCUAUUUUCUUGACCAUGUCAUCUCCAUGCGCGACGACUGGCCUAUCACCUUAAAUGAGCAUGUGAUUUGUACUCGGCUUCCAGCGCCAGACGGUGAGUUUCAGAUCGGACAGUACGAUCUAGGACCGUUCCUAUCCGAGGCCAUGACGGAACCGACUCUCAAAACACGGUCGUCGUUCAAUGAGUGUCUCAUCUUGGCUACAAUCUGUGGGCGUUGCCUACUUCAGAGUCAACAGCACCACAUUUCCAAGGCAUACGGAGACAUGACAUUAGACUGGACGGAGCAACUUCGGUCACUAGAAAGCUUGCUGACAACCCGACUCGACGCCUUGGAACGAUACUAUCCAUCACCCACUGAAGUCUCCGAUCCUCUACUGCUGUUCGCCAACAUUCUAGGCCAGGUAACUGUGAUUUACUUCUGCAAAGUAAUGAAGGGCUCGGGGAGAGAGUCUGUAGACCCGUUUCAGUGGAGUAGUGAGCUGUAUACCUAUCACAGGCGCGCUUUGGAGGCUUCUGGGACAAUUAUUCGUCUUGCCACGACGCUGCGCGAUCUACCGUUCUCCAAGAUCCAUCCCUUGAUGCCUAUUCCCUUAUUUCUUUGUGCCGAAUUUCUCUAUGAAAAUAUUCAUCUUGGUGAAUCUUUUCAAUUGCGUGUUCGAGAGCUGUUUCACAUUCUGCGCGACUUGAAGAACAUCAAUAAUCAUGAACAAAGCUACCUAGAUCUCCUGCCGCAAUCAUGUGUAUCCAAAACUGCCGAACUAUUCGGUUUGAAUGUCGAGGAUAGCAUUCCCACUGAUAUAUAA